CGGGUCACGAAUCUAAAGGCUCGUUCAUAAGUUGCCUAAUAAACCUAUUUCUCCGUUCGUUCUCUCCCUCUCUCUCGCUUCACGUUGGAUCGAAAUCGGACAAAAGUAAACGACAAUGGCGGAAGAAUUGGAGAAAUCUAUGCACAAGGAAGAAUCUCUGAUGGAGAAGAUCGCUGAUAAGAUCCACGAUCACGACUCUUCGUCGUCGUCUGAUUCCGAGCACGAGAAACCAGAGUCUCCGUCAGCUUUGAAGGCCAAGAUAUAUCGUUUGUUUGGUAGAGAGAAGCCUGUUCAUAAGGUUCUCGGUGGUGGCUUACCGGCUGAUGUGUUCUUGUGGAGGGACAAAAAACUCUCAGCUUCUGUUCUUGGUGUAGCGACUGCGAUAUGGGUUCUGUUUGAAUUGGUUGAGUAUCAUUUCUUGAGUCUUGUGUGUCACAUUUUGAUAUUCGCUCUCGCAGCCCUGUUUUUAUUGUCCAAUGCUCAUGCCUUUAUGAACAAGACUCCACCUAAAAUUCCUGAAAUCCAUAUUAAAGAGGAACAUUUCCUUAUGAUUGUUUCUGCACUGAGAAACGAGCUGAACCAGGCCUUUGUUAUUUUAAGGAGCAUUGCCUUAGGAAGGGACUUGAAGAAAUUUCUCAUGGUGGUUUUUGGGCUGUGGAUAAUCUCGGUUGUGGGAAACUGGUUCAACUUCUUGACUCUUGUAUACAUCUGUAAGUAUUCCUACCGAUAGAAAAGGUUUUAGUUUCGUCUUUUUGUUUGUUUGAGUCUGAAAUUAUCUCCAUGUGUGUGGGAAACAAAAAAAAACAGGUUUUGUGGUGUUACAUACAGUACCAAUGUUGUAUGAGAAACAUGAGGACAAGGUAGAUCCAGUGGCAGAGAAGACGUUGAAGGAGCUGAAGAAACAUUACAUGGUGUUUGAUGAGAAGGUUCUUUCUAAGCUUCCUGUUGCUUCCCUUAAGGCAAAGUUGGGUUAAAAACUUUAGAGUGAAGCAACCUCCCUCUCUUUAUUAUCUUUCCCCUUGACGUUUUGCUUUGUGUCUUGGGGCAUUUUUAUUUGUUACUUCAGAAAAAAAAUGUUACUCUGUGUUUUCCCUUCUCUAAUUUUGACUAAUACCUUUUUCGUGGGAAAUGAUUUAAAAUGGUUUCUGUGAAUGCUGUGUUAAUCAAAUUUUGGUAAAAGAUGCAAUUAGUCGUUAGCUCAUGUAAUGGUAAAACCUUUCACAAAGAAAAUCAC